UAAAGAAGACCGCCGAGUCGUCCCGUAAAAAGCUUCCACUUGGUCUCUAUCUGUCUCCUUAUCAAUCCUCCAUUACUCUCUUCUUUAUUUGAACCUCACUCACAGAAAUACUAUCAAACCCUCGAUUCUCGUGCAACCCUAACUCCAUUUUCAUCUCUAUAUCUCUCUCCACCCUUCUCAACAUCAACACCAAAACUCUGUUGCUUUGUUAUUUCCAAAGUUACUCUAAUUCUCAUCUUUGUCUAUAUAUAUUACACGAACAUGAACAUGAACAUGAACAUGAAUUCUUCUUCACCGUCUCAUCAGAACUGGCUUGGAUUCUCUCUUUCUAACCAUCGUCAUCACAUGAAUAAUAAUUCUCAGCUUUCUCUCUUUGAAGCCUUCAACACUUCUUCUUCUUCUUCCACCUCAGUUAGUGCAGUAGAUAGAGGACAAGAAGUUGAUGAAGACGCAACAGACCUCUCUAUAUUCACAAGAUCCGCUUCUGGACCCAAGCUGGCAGAUUUUCUCGGCGGUGGCUCCGCUACUGCACCACCACCAUUAUCGAACUCACUGACUCAUCAUCACUUUCCUACUGUAUCUGACAGUAGUAAUUCAUCACAGAUAUAUGACUCUGACCUUAAAUCCAUAGCAGCUACUUUUCUUCGUGGAUUUUCUUCUACAACUCAACAACAACAAACAGAUAUUAUUACCCGUAAACAACAGCUUUUAAAUCAUCAUCAUCAUUCCCAAGCUCAAAUAGCCGAUCAGUCUGCUCCAAGAAAAGCUCUCGACACCUUUGGCCAACGUACUUCCAUUUAUAGAGGCGUCACUAGGCAUAGGUGGACUGGUAGAUAUGAAGCUCAUUUAUGGGAUAAUAGCUGCAGAAGAGAAGGACAAAGUAGAAAAGGAAGACAAGUUUAUUUGGGUGGAUAUGAUAAAGAGGAGAAAGCAGCUCGAGCUUAUGAUCUCGCAGCUCUUAAGUAUUGGGGUCCGACUACUACGACAAACUUUCCGAUUUCUAACUAUGAGAAGGAAUUGGAAGAAAUGAAGCACAUGACAAGGCAAGAGUUUGUUGCAUCACUUAGAAGGAAAAGCAGUGGCUUCUCACGAGGCGCCUCGAUUUAUAGAGGCGUGACAAGACACCAUCAACAUGGUCGAUGGCAAGCGAGGAUCGGUAGAGUUGCAGGCAAUAAAGAUCUUUAUCUAGGGACUUUCAGUACUCAAGAGGAAGCUGCCGAGGCUUAUGACAUUGCAGCAAUAAAAUUUAGAGGCCUAAAUGCCGUGACCAACUUCGACAUGAGUCGCUACGACGUAAAAAGCAUCGCAACUAGCAAUCUUCCCAUCGGAGGAAUAUCAGGCAAUAAGAUGUCCAAGAAUUCUUCCGACUCGGCUUCCGAUAGCAAAAGCAUCGACGGAUCUCGAUCAGACGAUCGAGAUCUUUCAUCAGCAUCUUCGGUACCCUUUUCGUCCCAUCAGCCCGUAACGUCUACGCUAAACUUCACAAUGCCCAUCAAGCAAGAUCCAAAUGAUUAUUGGUCAAACAUCUUCGGAUGCCAAAAUGCCAAGAACCCGAGCGCUACCGUUCCGCAGAGUGUUCAAUUUCCAAGUAGUUUCGGAAUGGAAUUGAUCGGGGGAAGCAACUCGAUCGACAACAACGGGGGGCUGAUAUUCAAUGGUGGGUAUCUUGAGCAACUAAAUAGUACAUCAAGUUCAAUCCCAUUGGCUACACCAAUUACUUUAAAUAGUAAUAAUAGCAAUUUUGAGGGAAAUUCUAGUUAUGGAAAUUGGAUUGCACAAUCUCUGAAUCCUCUACAAUCUGCAAAAACAAACAUAUCAAUGUUUCAGACACCAAUUUUUGGAAUAGAAUGAGCUCAACAAACUCAGAAUCUGUGCAAGUGAUCUCAAAGGGUAAGAAGAAUAGUAGUCUGGUGGGGCCAGCAUGCAAUCAUCUGAUUGGUGGGUCAAUCUUGAAUAUGUGUUGGGUGGGACCAACUUUGCUAUUUUGACAGUAGCUGACUGUACUAACUUAAGCUCUUUACUUUAUGGUUUUUUUUUUUGCUUUUUCUUUCACUUUACUGACAUGAGUUUAUAAAAUGAAAAAGAAAAAAAAAAGUCCUUUUUGUAAUAUUUAUUCCUUGUAAUUGACAUCAAUUUGAAUUUUUUUUUCCACAUAACAUUUA